AAAAAAAAAAAAAAAAAAGAAUCGGAAAGCAAUUGGCAACACGUGACGCUGAAUUCGGUCUCACACACACAUUUCCAACCCUAAAUUUUCGCCGCCUUGCUUUCAGAUCUUCCCCCCAGCAAUUGCCCGGCGACGCGACUACACCAACCAAAUCACCACUCUCCUCCCCCGGAUCCGACGACUAACCACACCGAAAAUGUCUACCGCUAAAGUCAAGGCCGGCGCCCUCUGGGGCAAGGAUAAGGAUGAGCUCACCAAGCAGCUCAGCGAGCUCAAGACUGAGCUCAACCAGCUCCGCAUCCAGAAGAUCGCCUCUUCAGGCACCAAGCUGAACAAGAUCCACGACCUGCGCAAGUCAAUUGCCCGCGUCCUGACCGUCAUCAACCUGAAGCAGCGGUCGCAGCUCCGCCUCUUCUACAAGAACAAGACCUACCUUCCCCUGGACCUGAGGGCGAAGCAGACUCGUGCCAUCCGCCGCCAGCUGUCCAAAGAGGACGCCUCGAGGGUUCUCGAGAAGACCCGCAAGCGGCAGCAACACUUUUCCCAGCGGACGUACUUCGUCAAGGCCGAGUAAAUCGGGGUUUUCGGAGUUUCUAAUUUGGUCGCAUCUGGGGCAAGGGGGGUUGCGUUUCUCUCCAACGGACUGCUUUCUCGUCGGCGCGGGGUUUAUCAAGAACAAAAACAAAAACGCGAAUUUCUCUCGAUACGCUUUGCAUUGCAUCCCGGGGACAUGUGUUUGUUCAGGGAAAGGGGUUAAAGGGUAUUUUCACGAGGGAUAAAAAUGAUCUUUUUCAGGGGGAUCAUAACAGGCAGCCCAAAUCAGCUGUCAAAUACCAACGGAUGAACAAAACAAUCUCGAGCCCAGAACCUCGUGCAAUGCAGUGCAGUAUGCAUUCUCUCACA